AUGCUGAACAACGCUGGUAUAAGAAGAGGCACCAUUUCCAGCCAGCUCAAGACCAGAAUCUCGCACAUUCCUUUCUGUCCUGUACCUUACUUCACAGCAUCCAUCCUACCUGAUCAUCCCAUCAUCACACAGCCCUUGACCAUGGCGGACGACGACAACAUAACCCAGCAUGCUUUGGUCAGUUCCUGGUUCUUGGGCCCCAGGGCCGAGAAUUUCCAGGUCCUUCACGAUCUCUUUGGCACCGUCCUCAACCAUCAAGCCCAGGCCAGAAAGACGCUCUAUGCCGGAGACCCCAAGUUCAUCACCGAAGAGAUGAAGGAACUGGAAGACUACCAAAACAGCAUCAAGAGUUUGACAUCUGAUGUCGAUAAACUUUCCCUCGAGUUGGCCGCAAAGUCGGUGCCGUUUUGGUCUCCCAGAUACAAUGCUCAUAUGAAUAUGGAUGUUGCCCUUUCCAGCAUUGUUGGCUACAUGACGGCCAUGAUGUACAAUCCCAACAAUGUGGCUACUGAGGCUAGCCCACACACGACCAAGCUGGAGAGAGAGGUCGGACAGGAGCUUGCAAGAAUGUUGGGAUAUGGAACAGAUUCAUGGGGCCACAUCACUUGUGAUGGAUCCGUCGCUAACCUUGAGGCUAUCUGGGCGAUCCGCAACCUCAAGUUUUAUCCCUUCUCUCUCAAACGAGCAAUUGAAGAAGGAUCCCUGAAUUUUCUUGCUGGUGCGUUCGAAGUCAAAACCAGCACAGGGGACGCCAAGCUAUUCACAGAGUUGUCCACCUGGGAGCUGCUGAAUCUCAAGCCCUCCACCAUCCUCGAGAUACCGUCAACUCUGGCUGAGCAGUACUCCAUCUCUUCAACUUUCUUGCAGGCUGCUCUCAAACCCUACCUCAUUCAGACCACCGGAAAGAGCGUGAUUGAGCAAAAGUAUGGGUUUGAACCUGGGAAGUUCUUGAUCAGUGCUACCAAGCAUUAUUCCUGGCCCAAGGGCGGAGCCAUCUCUGGUAUUGGCUCGAUCAACUUUAUCGACGUCGAUGUAGACGAAGAGGCUCGCAUGGACACCAACGACCUUCGAAAGCGCCUGAAGGAAUGUGUUGACGCCAAGAUCCCAAUCUAUGGCGUGGUAGCCAUCAUCGGCUCUACUGAGCACGGUGCCUGCGACCCCGUGGCUGAGAUUGUCAAGAUUCGUGACGAGUUUGAAAGGGACGAAGGCAUCUCCUUCGCCAUUCACUGCGAUGCCGCCUGGGGAGGCUAUUUUGCUGCCACGCUCAGGGAGCGGGGAGACCAAGACGGUUUCCUUCCGUAUGUACCCGCUAUGCCCUUGCAGCCAUAUACUGUGAAGCAGCUUCGGAACCUCCGCCACGCCGAGAGCAUCACUAUCGACCCGCACAAGUCUGGUUACAUCAAUUAUCCCGCGGGCGGGCUCUGCUACCGUGACCAGCGUAUGAGAUACCUCGUUACCUGGACCAGCCCUAUUGUUUUCCAUCAAGGUGAUGCUUUGGAAAGCAUGGGUGUUUACGGUGUGGAGGGUAGCAAGCCAGGCGCAGCAGCGACUGCUGCAUGGUUGACGCACAAAACGAUAGGUCUGCACAAUGAUGGUUAUGGUAGAUUGCUGGGUGAGGCUGUUUUCUCCUGCACAAAGCUGUACUGUUAUUGGGCCACCAUGGCCCCGUCCCCAGAAUCUGAAUCGGGCGCAGACGAGACACAGGGGGAACCUGACCCCGAACAUGAGUCACUCAAGAAAUCCCUCGUCGUUGUUCCUCUCAUUCGUCUUCCGGCGGAGAAGGCAGGCGAGUCACCGGAGGCUAUUGAAGCCCAGAAGGAGCUUAUCAGAAACAAGAUCUUGAACCGGACCAACGAAGAGCUUUUCGAGGACAAGAAGACAUGGAAGCUUUUGUGUGAGCUGGCUGGUGACCUCAUGAUCAAUGCGUUUGCGUGCAACUUCAAGAUUGGGGACAACAUCAAUCAGGAUGUGGGAGAAGCGAACUAUCUCAACCAGUGGAUCUUCUCACAGCUUUCCGUCUCGUCCGACAAGGAUGUUGUGGCAGCGCGCCCCCUAUUCCUGACCUCAUCUGUACUCGGUGAAGAGGCUUAUGGCAGAUGCCUUCGUACUUUCAAGACCCGCCUGGGACUCGACGACGGUAUCAACUUGGCCCGGGGCGACCUUCGAUUCCUGGUCAAUGUCACAAUGAGCCCCUGGCCCACGAGUCCAGACUUUAUGGAGACUAUAGUCAAGGACUUCAGGGCAGUCGCGCUCGAAGGGAUCAAACGCUGCAUCAAGCGUAACAAGCUCAGUCCUGAUGUUCAUGGCUUCAUCAUGCAGGGCGUGGAUGAGAUCUACCUCACGCACAUCCCCAUGUUCAACAUGGCCAACCACCGCUGGCAACUGGUCAUCACGGGCGAUCUCCCCCCGGAUGUGGUGGAGUACUACAAGAAGCUGCGCAGCGAGAACCCAGGCGUGGUUUACACACUUGCCAACAUGGAAAAAGAGACUCUGGAGAACCUGCUCAAACCAGGCAGCAGCACCAAGUGGCGCCUGGACGUGGGGAUACCCCCGCCGGGCGCACCGCCGCUCAAGGACAACAUCGAGCUAAGCAACAUCAGGGUCAUAGUCAAGGAGUCCAUGUCUUACGCCGCCUUGGAGACGACAUACCCAGACAAGAUGCCGUUCUACCUGUACGGUAACAAGAACGAAAUGCACCUUGAUCACGUGCUGAAAGCCUCUCCCAACGCCCAGAUCAGCCACGAGCGGGUGACUCUUGACCUGGAGUCUGAUCUGAGCGAUGAGCAAUUAAGGAAGGGGGUAGUUGCCGUAUUGGACGAUGUGUUUGAGAACAGCAUCCAGCCUUUGCCCCUUGAUAAUGACACCAACCGCGUCCUCCUCGAAUCGGCAGGCCUUUCCCUCACAAAGGGUGCUGUUCAUAGCGUGUCUGUAUACGAGACGUAUGAGCAGUACAAGGAUGGCUCGGCGCCCAUCACUACGGGCAAGGUUACAAUCGGGGAGACUACUUUUGCCAACUGGCCUGCUGUCAACAUGGACCCUGCGGAUGUGGAGAAGGAGGAGGAACACAAACACAAGCACUGAUUAUCGCGCGGCUGAUGGCCGUGAAUGAUUGAGGGACAAACCAGACUGCAUUCUGUACAGAGCUUUGAUAAUCGCUGUGAUGACAUGUUCAAGUUGAGAUGCUGAGAAUGGAUCAGUGGAGUUGAUGGGCCAACAGCGCUUUAUUUUUCAGGGGGUUCAGGGGUAUUUUCGAGAGACUGCCAAAACCCUAACCCUGUACCUCUUUCCGCCCCUGAAGAACAAGAGAUGAUGAAUGAGGUAGAUCAUUGGCAACUGACGACCUGUCCAGUCUGCAAGAUAGCUGGCACCGAAUCGAUCAUGAGAGUGAAAUAUAUAAGAACUGAU